AUGGCGGACACUGCAGGCGACGGCGGCACGCUGACCACCAAGGCCGGAAAGGUAUACGUCGCGCGCCCGUCACGGCUGCCGUAUGUCCGCAAACCUCCAGCACCAGAGGUGCAUACGCGCCCAUUCUUCCGCGAUCCAGCACACACUCGUCCGACCAAAUGGAGUCUGUAUCGCCCACUGAUUCGCGCGAUGGGCGGCGCCGCAGCGCUGGCGGCGGCGAGGAUAGCGUCACCCCCACGCGAAGCGUACGACGGCUUCGCCCCGCUCACUCCUCUCUCCGGCACCUAUCCACACCUCCUCGCCUCCCUGCGCGCACGCUGGCGCACCGCUCGCGGGUGGACGAGCAUGCGGGACACCCGCGCCUUCCUUCUCGCGGAAGAGCGCUUCCUCUCUACGCUCUCCGCGUCCGACCCCGUCCUCGCGAAGCGCGAAGCGGCCCUCCGUUCCUCUUACGACGCCUACCUCGCGCGCCCCGCACCACCACCGCCGCCCCGCCCCCUCCUCACGGGCGGAUACAUGCGCCCGACAAAGUUCUCGCCCCCGCUCCCGCGCAUGAAGCCGCAGCCGCGCGCGAUCGCGGGCAUGUUCGCCCAUCGCCAGCGGAAGCGCGAACACCGCAUCCUGAAGCUGCGCGAGGUGUUCGAAAACCGGCGCGACAUCACGGCCGAGCUGCGCAUGUGGCGCACGCUCGGCAUCGAGGACGAGUGGAGCUCGCCCGUGUCCGGCACGCGCGAGGAGCGGCGCGACGCGGGGUGGACGCCGCCACUUGAUGCGCAUGCUGCGCGCAUCGAGGAGGGCUUGAAUGCUGACGCGCGGCGCGCGCAAGCCAUGUUCCCGGACGACGUGAUUGAGCGCGUCAAGGCUGCGCGGCGGCGGCGGGAUGUGUGGCGCGUUAAUAAGGCUCGGAAGGCGCGGGGGCUUGAGCCCAUAUUCCCACCUAGAAGCGAACAGGAGGAGGCCGCGCGCGCGGUCAAGCGCGCAGCACGCGAGGCGCGGCUGGCCGAGGCUGCUGCGCGUGAGGCGCAGAAGAAGGAUCCAUAG